GACCAGUUUUAUCCACAGGUAAGCUCUUCACAUCUUGAUUAUUCAGAUUUUUGUGACAAGAACAGAGUCAUAAUGGUGGCGGUUGUGAAUUCUCUGCAAUUCGUCCCUACACCAAUCCCACCUCAAAUCUCUUCAUCUUCUUCUUCUUCCUCGAAUAAGGGUAUCCUCACCAGACGCAGUACAAUUCUCUUCACUGCGGCAUCGGUAUUGGCUCCUUAUCUCCAAUUACUACAUCCAAACUCAAAACCAUCUCUUUCUUCUCAUUCUGCCAUUGCCCAGCAACAAGAUGAGCUUGACCCAGAUGAAGAUCGCGUUGUCCACCUCUUCCAGGAUAAUUCACCGUCAGUCGUCUUCAUCAAGGACCUUGAAUUAGCGAAAACCCCCAAGAGCAGCUCGGAGGAGGUCAUGCUAAUCGAAGAUGAAAAUGUGAAAGUGGAAGGGACUGGUUCUGGCUUCAUUUGGGACAAAUUUGGACAUAUUGUAACUAAUUAUCAUGUUGUGGAGAAGUUGGCAACAGAUAGAAGUGGACUACAACGCUGUAAGGUGUUUUUAGUUGACGCCAAAGGCAAUAACUUCUCACGAGAAGCCAAGAUUGUUGGUUUUGAUCCGGCUUAUGAUCUUGCUGUCCUGAAGGUUGAUGUUGAAGGCAGUGAAUUAAAACCAGUUAUACUUGGUACAUCUCGUGAUUUGCAUGUGGGUCAGAGCUGCUUUGCCAUUGGAAAUCCAUAUGGAUACGAAGACACUUUAACAACAGGGGUAGUUAGUGGGUUGGGAAGGGAGAUACCUUCACCAAAUGGACAAGCCAUCCGAGGAGCUAUACAAACAGAUGCUGCUAUUAAUUCAGGAAAUUCAGGUGGGCCAUUAAUUGAUUCAUAUGGGCACGUUAUUGGAGUCAAUACCGCUACAUUCACUCGCAGAGGGACAGGAGUGUCCUCCGGAGUCAACUUUGCUAUUCCUAUUGACACAGUUGUCCGGACUAUACCUUCACUAAUAGUAUAUGGAACACCUUACAAAGACAGGUAUUGAUCAUUUUGCUCAGUUAGAUUGAAGAGCUGCUGCUCUUGGUCCUCCUCUUCGAUAUAUCGUGCAAAUCACCGGUGGUAGAGCUGAUAGCCUCAGAUGAUAGGCUUAUUUUUCGAGUUACAAAAUCUCCUUUCUGUGCUGUUGUUAGACAGAACUCGAGAAUUUAUUAUUUGAGGAAGUUUUUUCGGGGUACUGUUGUAAUCUCAGAAGAACAUUUGUAUGCUAUGGUAAGGUCUUAUUAUUUGA